GACAGAGAUACAAUAGAGGAGAUACACACAAGUCCUUACAGAGCACACAGUCUCAGUUCAGACUUUAUUUGAGGCGUAUGAAAGUUUUGAGGAUUAUUUGUCACUGUAUUUAGUUCCUUACUUAUUCUUUUCAUUGUAAAGCAACAAACCAGAUCCUAUGAUCAGCGGAUCUGCCCCCGUCAUUGGCAAAGACCUGCGAUUUUACAACAUAAGGAGAUAUUACCGUAUAGUGAUUGACCACAACUUUGCCUAUCUGGACCAAAUAUCUACCUAGCUGGAGGUAAUUUUGUACCUGACAAUGUGGAUUACACGGCUCUCCUUUCCCUCCUCCUCCUCCACCCUGCUCCUGCAGAUCCUGGUGCUCCUCUGGACACAGACCCCGGUGCCCCCGGCCAGGGCUUGCCAGGAGGAGGAUAUGCCCAACCAGGUGAUUCUGGACUGGUUCCGUCAGCGUGUCUUGGAUGGUCUGGGUCUGGAUAAGGCGCCCCCGCUCGUCCCCAGAGACCCUGAGGUGGGCAGGCAGCGUACGGAGGCUGGGCAUAGCCAGCGGAGGUCCUUCAGAGUGGGCAGGGCAGCCUGGGCGCACCACAACCAACGGCAGCACCAGGAGAACACCCAGGUCAUACUAUUCCCCAGCACAGACUCGACCUGCAACCUUGCAGACCCUCCAUCUGAGGACCCCUCGUCCAGACACUUCACUUAUUACUUCCAGCCCUCCAUCAACAACCAGGAGGCCAUGGUUACCUCUGCCCUGUUCUGGUUCUACGCUGGGGAGGCAGCAGCAUCCACCUACAACUCCUCCUCCGCCCCUCUCUUCAUUCUCACCUCGGACCAGAAGCUCCUUCAAGCGGCUGAGGGUCCAUUCAAGGCCGCAGCAGACGGCUGGGUCACUUACCGCUUCGACCUCCACCUCCACGGCGCCUUGGCCGAGGGCUCCUUUGUCCUGCAGGUGCGCUGCCUGGCUUGCGACUGUCGCGAGGCCGGGGAAGCCGACAAAACGCCGUUCAUCCACCUCCACACCCAGCCCCGCGGGCCGGACCGCUCCCCUCGCCGCGCCCGGGUCACCAUCCCCUGGUCCCCGUCCACCCUGGACCACCUGCAGCGCCCCUCACAGGGGGAUCAGGAGUACAGCGACUGCCGCCGUAUGGAGAUCAACAUCACCUUCGAGGAGCUGGGCUGGGACAACUGGAUCGUCUACCCCAAGGUUCUGAACUUCUUCUACUGUAAGGGGAACUGCACGGCCUUGGAGCGGACCACCACCAGGCUGGGUAUUAAGCAGUGCUGCGCCCCCGUCCCAGGAACCAUGAAGUCCCUGAGAUUCACCACCACUUCAGACGGAGGCCUGUCCUUCAAGUACGAGACCCUCACCAACAUCAUACCUGAGGAGUGUAGCUGUAUCUAGAUGGGGGGGAUUAGGGGGUUAUAUGCGAGAGCUGUAAACCUAAUCUGAAGUGACCUCCCCUACACUCACUCAGCUUUCAAAAACAUCAAGCUGAUGUCAAUUUAUGGAUUACAGUAUGUUUGGGUAAUUCCCUUCAUAAAAUACGAUGUUUAUACAGUACCAGUAAAACAUUUUGACACUUUUGACUGGUACUGUAUAUGUUUUGGAUCUGUAUCCAAAAGGGUGAUGAGUUCUAUAUAGAGUUCAGACUUUA